CAAAAAAUUGUCCAGUACUUCUUCGCUACAGUUAUCGAAAAUGGAGCAAAGACACAAAAAAAGCGGGCCUCCGCGAGCAGGUAUUCCGAGUAGUAUUUCAUGAUUUUCACAAUGAAAAAAGAAAAACAACAAGAACCUGGUAGGCGCACAGCACUCAGCUUUGACAGAACCAGAUGAAGAAAAAUGGUUUGAUGUGGAUGUGCUCUGGAUGCAGUACUUCCGCGUAUUAGAUUCUUCACCAAGUGAUGAUUUUGAUUUAGUUUUAGGUGCAACGAAGAUAAACCCAAACCACAUAUAAAAUCAAAACAGCUCCACCGAGCAGAGAAUUUUCAUAUCACCCAGUCGUAUUGGGAGACGAAGAGAACCAUGUGCCGCGCAUGGAGCUUGCAGCCGCAGUCCAGCAACCUGUCGGUACUUGACAUCGAAAUUUUCGAUUAUGCAACCGUCCCGAAAGCAGAGCCAGGCAAAGUUUGGAAUUUUGGUGUUCUCCGAGCCCAAGCUCUGCGGCUUGCUCUUUCGUUGUACAUCGAAGAAUGGAAAAAAGCCAAUAACUACCUACCGGAGCAAGCGCCCCGACCAGAAGGAAAAACCGCAG